CAGGAGCUGGCAAGUAUGUCCACAGGUCUCCCAGGACCUUUUGGAAACAUACUGACAAGGGUCAAGCUAUUCAAAGAUGACACUUUUGAAAAUUGCAGCAAUUAUUUUAAUCUGUUCUGCCCUGCUAUUUCAGACACAAGGUGCUUCGUUGUAUCUACCAAGCUCUCCGCUGGUACGGCAAAAGAGAAUGACACCGUUCUGGAGAGGACUCUUAAGGCCAACUGGGGCCUCAUGCCGGGAUAACAGUGAAUGCUUCACAAGACUAUGCAGGAGUAAACAUUGUUCUUUAAGAACAUCUCCGGAAUGAUUCUUCACUGACAAAUCUUCAACAAUGCUCCUUCCUGUUUAUUUAUUAUUACCCCACCUAAUAUCAUUUCAUCAAGCGCUAUUAAAAGAUUUUCAUUUAGCAGUUCA